AGGGCACCAAGGACGCUCCCAGCAAAGAAUUCUGUACUAUGACCACGGUAGAAGCACCCAGCAAUGCAGCACUGAUCGCGAACCUCGAGGAUCAGGUUCUUCAGCUAGCCGAUUAUGAAGCAUGGCUAGAUUCUCAGAUUCGGGAACUAGAAUACGCUGACAGACAGGGUUGGUAGCAUCUGUUGGGAAUGUCAGGCAAGAACACAGCUGGAAUGGGAACUCAUGCUCAAGAUCCUCUCCUCUUUGUCUACAGACGCGACAAUUAUAUCAAGUCAGGAUGGUUCAAUCGAAGACGCGCGGAGAGAAACCGAACGGAGGGUUGAUCUUCUCAAACAGGAGCUGCUUACAGCCGCGUCCAUGGAAUCUAUCCGGACAAAAGUUGUUGACAGCUCAUAUGCAUACCAGGUGAUUUUAAAAAGCUUGUUCAAGGCCGAGCCGGAUCCUGAUGAUAAAUUGAUCGCAGCUGGGGUUCAGGAGCGGGAUGAGGCAGUAUCUGAGUAUUUGCAUAUCCAUCGUGAUCUGCAGCAUGCAAGGCGGGACCUGUCUGCGACGCAAGUUCAAGCCCUAGAUUACCAGGAUGAGAAUCGCAAACUCGUUCAGCUGUUAUCGCAGGAAACAGCGGCUAUGAAGGAAGCAGCGACGUCGCAGGAUUCUGGAAGCAACCGACGCAUGCUUCAGAAGGUUGAAGAGGAAUUGAGGAAUAUUACUGUCAAGCAUAAUGUCGUCUCGAACGUUCUCCAGGGUCUUAUUCUGGAGAGUGGUAUAGACUGGGCCAAUGACCCACACUAUCUAGAAUUGAUGUUAAAGCUGAAGCGGUCUGCAGAAUAAAUAUCAUUGCACUCAUAUUACAAACCC